GGUAUCACUAAGCAGUUCAGGUUCGUCGUCUAACGUUGAAGUUCUUUGAGCAUUUUUUUCCGCCGGAAUGUUAUCGAAAGCACCAUUAGUCUACUGUGUGAUAACACUGUUUGUUCUCAACACGAUACCGCUAACCCAUGCUUUUGGAUCCGACCUGUUGGAGCAGCUCACCGAUCUGUUGUUUGGAAGUGACGAGUCCAGCGAGGAAUCGGCGGAAACCAUCAUCAACGCCAAGCCGAACGCCACGUUGACGGUGGUGUGCAAGACCGGAUGCGACCUGAACGUGAUGUGCAUCAACUGUACGAACGUGAACGCGGUCAUGAUGCCACCGGGUAACGGAAACGGAAGCGGCAAUGGAGGUGGCAAUGCGAACGGAAACGGAAAUGGGAAGACAACGCCGCCGGCACAGGCGACGGUUCCUGCUUCUAUGGCAAUGGAAGCAACAGCAGCAAGUACAUCAACAACACCAAAGUCUGAAGGUAAACGUGCUGUUUGAGCAACCGAUGUUUUGAACAUUUUCAUGGUAUUUAUAUGUCACGCUUUCAAUAAAACAAAACACUCGC